AUGAUCAACCAAGCCUGUCAACAUAAUACCCCGCACCCUGUCUUCAUUUCAGAGUCCCCUCCUGCCCCUCCCCCAACCAGGAUGGGCUACCUCCCAGAGCACUCCCGCUCCUCGGCCCGCCCAAAGCCACGCACCACCCUCUCCUCCCUCCUCGCUCUGUGCACCGUCGUCACCUCCCUCACCUUUCUCUCUGCACUCAAACUAACCUAUUGGGAUGCUCCUCCUGUCGCGCGCCCUCUGCACGCUGACGAGACCAUCCUCAAGUGCCAGGCCCUCACCCUCAAGCCCGGCCCACCUGCCGACUUCCACCAGAGGACCGUGUCGGACCGCUUCGUAUCCGGCACAAAGUCGGUCCUUAUCAGGAACGCGUCCAUCUGGACCGGCGAGGACUCUGGCAGAGAAUCCAUCCACGGCGAUAUCUUCAUCCACAACGGCAUCAUUCAGAGCAUAGGACGCGUCGAUCUCGACUCUCACUUCCUCGACAGCUACGACGCCGUCUCUAUCAUCGAUGCCGCUGGCAGCUGGGUAACACCAGGCAUCAUUGAUUUGCACUCUCACCUUGGAGUCGAUAGUGUUCCCGAACUGAGAGGUUCAAGCGACACCAACUCUCGCAAGGGUAUCGCUCAGCCGUGGCUUCGCAGCUUGGACGGGCUCAACACUCGCGACGACGCGUACCGUCUGUCCAUUUCUGGAGGCGUAACCACUGCCGUAGUCCUUCCCGGUUCAGCAAACGACAUAGGCGGCCAAGCUUUCCCCAUCAAGUUGCGGCCCACUGCAGAGAGGACUCCUACUUCCAUGCUUCUAGAGGCACCUUAUUCCAUCAAUGAUACUCGCGUAGACCCCACUGCACCUCCCCGUUGGAGACACAUGAAGUAUGCUUGCGGAGAGAACCCAAUGCGCGUCUAUGGAAACACGCGAAUGGACAACAUCUGGGCUUUCAGAGAAGCCCACAACACCGCGCGUCAGCUCAAGGAGAAGCAAGAUGCCUACUGCUCCAAAGCGCUUGCGGGACAAUGGCAGGGCCUUGGAGAGUUUCCGGACGACCUACAAUGGGAGGCUUUGGUCGAUGUCCUAAGAGGACGUGUCAAAGUCCACAACCACUGUUACGAAACGGUCGAUCUUGAUGACCUUGUUAGACUGACAAACGAGUUCCAAUUCCCCAUCGCCGCUUUUCAUCACGCGCACGAGGCUUAUCUUGUUCCUAGCACCCUCAAGAAAGCCUACGGCAACACACCGGCAGCGGCUAUUUUUGCCACUAACGCUAGGUACAAACGCGAAGCGUACCGAGGUUCCGAGUUUGCCGCGAGGAUUCUUGCGGAUAAUGGCAUUGACGUUGUGAUGAAGAGCGACCACCCUGUCUUGAACUCGAGAUAUCUGCUCUAUGAAGCGCAGCAAGCCCACUACUAUGGCCUUCCCGCUAAUCUCGCUCUGGCUUCUGUCAUAUCGACGCCUGCCAAGGUCAUGGGAACAGAUCACCGCAUUGGCUUCGUCCGCGAAGGUUACGACGCAGACCUUGUCCUCUGGGAUAGCCACCCUCUGAACCUCGGGGCCACCCCUCAGCAAGUGUGGAUCGACGGCAUCGCCCAGCUCGACGACCCCCACGUCUCUCUCAAAACUAGUCAACUCCAGCACGCGCCGCAAACGCCCAACUUUGACAAGCAAGCGGCGGAAGCAGUCAAGUUCGAAGGCUUGCAGCCACUUUCACCGGCGCGCACCACCGCGGAGACCGUUGUCUUCACCAAUGUUGGGAGUGUAUUCGUGAGAAACGGGGGGCGUAUAGAAGAAAUGAUAGGGUUGACGGAUGCUGAGCCUGGCGUUGUAGUAGUACGGAAGGGGUCUAUUGUGUGUCAAGGUAGCCAUAUAACGUGUGCAUCGAGCACGGCAGCUGUUGCUGCAGCAGAAUGGCUUGACCUCAAGGGUGGCUCUAUCUCACCCGGCCUUACAUCGUUCGGCUCCCCUCUUGGCCUGCAAGAAAUCCAAGGCGAAGCCUCGACCUACGACGGCUGGGUCAUGGAUCCGCUCCUCGACAAGAUCCCCACCAUCCUCGCUGGCGCCGGACCUAUCCACGCGGUCGACGGCCUCCAAUACGGCACACGCGACGCGCUCAUUGCCUACCGCGCCGGCGUCACCACCGGCGUCACCGCGCCCAAGUCGCGCGGUUUCCUCGUCGGGUACAGCACCGCGUUCGCCACCGGCGCCGCGCACAAGCUCGAGGAGGGCGCCGUGCUGCAGUACACGACGGCGCUGCAUCUGUCUAUUGGCCACUACUCGUCUGGGCCGAGUGUGAGCACGCAGAUUGCUGCGCUGAGACUGUUCCUGUUCGGGGCUGCCGAGUCGCGGGCGUUUGCUGAUAUUAUCAAGGGCAAAGUGCCGCUUGUGAUAGAGGCUGAGAACGCCGACAUCAUCGCUACCCUGAUCCAGCUCAAACAAGAGGCCGAAGGACGGACUCUCAUCCCGAUUCGCCUGACUAUCGUGGGUGCCUCAGAGGCGCACAUGCUCGCAAAGGAGCUCGCGGAUGAAGACAUUGGCGUCAUCGUCAGGCCAUCGCGGCCUUUCCCUCAGACUUGGGAGUCCAAACGAAUUCUGCCUGGUCCCCCACUAACUCAGGAGAGCAACAUCGUCACUCUUCUCAACGCCGGCGUCAAGGUUGGCAUCGGCAUUGAAGAGCAGUGGAGCGCGCGCAACACCCGCUUCGACAUCUCAUGGGCUGCUUUAGAAAGCGAUGGACAAAUUACCAAGGCAGAGGCGCUCGAGCUUGCUUCGACCAAUCUCGAGCAGCUUCUAGGCGUAGCCGAGGACACGACGGGCGGCGAUAUGGUCGUCACCCGCGGAGGAACGAUUCUCGACUUUGAAGGAGAAAUCGUUGGUGCUUUUUCCUCCCGCCGCGGCGUCGUCGAUUUCUUUUAGGCAUGUUCAGCGACAGGAAAUGUCGGUUCGUUAUCAUCUGUCUUAAAGAUACGACACCAACAGAAAUCGUUUGUGUUAUCAUCUAUCUUAAAGAUAAGACACCAUCUGAAAUUGUUUGUGACGUGAGCCUCCGACAAAAAAGGAGGGCGCAAGACUGCAAUUCGGAAGCCAUUGAUUUCGAUUAGCC